UGAAUCUAAUUAAGAGAGACAGAGACAGAGACGGAGAGAGCGACCGAGCGCAAAGAAGAGAAAAAGAGAGAGAACUGAUCAUGAGUUCUUCAAAUAAUCAAGACACCGCGAUCGAAGAGCUGGUCAAAGGGCGGGAACUUGCCGGUCAACUCGGAGCUCUUUUGGAACAAAACCAUGACCUGGGCUCAAUCGUCGAAGAAAUCUUGGGUGUAUUUUCUAGAGCACUCAUGUUCAUGGAUUCCGCGGCGGAGAUUAACGGUCGAAGGAGGAAGAUCCGGUCGACGAUGACCGGAGGAUGUCAGAGGAGACCUCGCUCUCGUUCGCACACGAUGAUCAAGGUGAAGUCGCUUGAUGAUGGCUAUUCUUGGCGGAAGUACGGGCAAAAAGGAAUACAUAGAUCUAAAUUCCCAAGGUGCUACUUCAGGUGCACCCACAAACAUGAUCAAGGAUGCAAAGCAACAAGACAAGUGCAGCAAUCCGAGGAAGAUCCGUCCUUGUUCAUAAUCACGUACUUCGGGGAGCACACUUGCAAACACCCGAUAGAUUUUGCAUCGACACGCGUUGAGGAAGAGAAUCCUUGCAUAAUAAGCUUCGCUUCAGACGCGAAGUUUGAUGCCAACCUUAAACAACCUAAGAUCCCACCGUUGAGCCCAGAGCACAGCGGAGAAGGACACGUCAGCAAUAUUCCAACGAUGGAAGGAUCAGGCGGUCACGGUGAUGUACGGUCAUGCGUCGAUAACUGGUGGUGGGAUUUCAUGGAAGAGGCCUUUGAUUUUGAUGGGCUGUUGAGCUUCUGAUGAGCCUUGUGUUGUGUUGGCGGGCUUUUGGCGUGUUCAUGAGGUUGGGCUUGCUUGUUGGAGGGUUUUGAAUAAUCCUAUGUGUUUUUAUCCCUUUGUGAAAUAUAUUCACCCUAAUCUACGGAGAAAAGAGGUGGUGGACUUGUUAUCUAUUUCAAAUAUUGACGUGCUUGUUUUAGUGAAAAAUACCCCUUUCAGUGGUC